AUGAAUUUAAUCCAAAUACUUUUCUGUCUUAUGACUGCGGUAAUGAUCAUUUACUCCAGCAUUAUUAACUUAUUAGAAUCAAAAUUACCCCACGAUUUGAUUCAACUCUUCCGCUACGGUAAAUUCAGUGCGGUAAGUAAGUCUAACUUAAUCAUCGAGGUACCCAAGUCUUGGUUCAAACACUUUUAUUCCGUGGCCUUUUUGGAAUAUUCAUAUUUACUAUGGCUUGUAACUAUGGUUUAUGUUUGCGACAUGAAAGUACCUGAUCACGUUAAGUACUUCUUGGAUUUUGUUUGUGGAAAAGAGCGGUACUCGUAUACCUUCAAGCAUCAAGUGUUUAUUGCAGUAAUUCUAAUGACUCUGCAGGUUUAUCGCAGGUUUUACGACACUCAUAAAGUUUCAGUUUUUGGUUCUAGAAGCAAAAUGAAUUUGUCUCAUUACGCAGUUGGACAUGUUCACUAUCCUGGUACCAUAUUAGCAAUACUUUGUGAAGCACCUCUAUUUACUAAUGCACCUGCUGAAUUUCGAGAUGCCCCACUCAAUUUGCUGGCCACAUCCUGGUCAGAUAUAGGGGCGAUUAUUAUGUUUUUAUUCGCUUGGUGGCACCAGUUUAAAUGUAAUAAAAUAUUAGCUGAUCUAAGGAAAAAUAAAAAAGGCGAAAUUGUGAGUAGCGACUAUAAGUUACCUAAAGGUGAUUGGUUUGAGUACCUGACCUGUCCUCAUCAGACAACAGAAAUAUUGAUGUACAGUUCGAUAAUGUGGAUUUUGUGGAACAAUGUUACUUGGUUUUUUAUUUUUACUUGGGUUCUUGCUAAUCAGAUUGAGACAAUUUUAUUAUCUCAUUGGUGGUACAAGGAGAAGUUUGAAGACUUCCCAAGCAAAAGAAAGGCUUUAAUUCCAUUUGUAUAUUAG